AUGCUGGGAGGUGAUCGAAAAAACGAGCAAAAAAUCAAAGAAAGAUUGAGCCUUCAGACUUCCUCAACGGGGUCAACCGCUCUUCACAUAGCCGCACGAUAUGGGAGGAUAUCUGUGAUGAAAUGCAUCCUCGGCUUGUGGCCUACCCUGCAGAUCGACAAACUGAACAGUACCGGGAAGACGGCUUUGAUGUGCGCGUCAUUGCAUGGUCAGAACGACGCGGUGAAGUUACUUUUGGAGAAUGGAAGCCGAGCGCUCAUAACAAACAAGUCUGACCAGUCGCCGCUACACCUCGCAGCAAGAAGCAGAGAAACUGGCUCCUCGGAUGUGAUCAAAACUCUCCUUGAAGCGAAGCUCGAUCCUGGCUUAAAAGACGCGGAUGGUUACACCCCACUGCUGCAUGCCGUAGCAACUGAAAAUAUCCCUGCGCUUGAGGUUCUUAUUCCUGUAAGCAGCUUAGAUGCAGUGGAUAAUAAGGGGAGAGACGCCUUGCUUCUCGCUAUCGAAGAAAGUGCGCCGGUGUCCGAGGACUUGGUCAAAUUUCUAGUGUCAAAGGGCGCAGAGGUAAAGGGUAAAACGUAUCACAUGUCUCUGCGGGGGGGUGGCGAGUGGCUGAAAGAUUAUAUCGCUGGGGAAGGUGGAGAGGUUAUUGAGUAUAGUUGGUUAGAAGAGCUAAUGAGAAGGAGGAGAUUUCGGUGA